AUGGAAGCCGAAGUCUUGAGCAUAAAGGCAACAAGGCAUAGGGAAGAAGAGGAAAGGCAUCCUCCCGUCUUAUUGCAUUUUAUAAUUGCAAGUUGUAGACUGAAGUGUGGUUUUAGGCCAACUCGCUUGAAUAUGGCGAGGAACUACGUGAGAGACAAUAUGCCCUUGUCUAGAUUCGGCGUGCUGGUGGCGCAGCUGGAAUCUACAGUGGCUUCAGCAACCCACAAGCCACCGACCCACUUCUCCUCUUCGACCUCUUAUCCGAUCUCGUCUCCGCCAUUGAUGAGGAGCCAAAGGUUACUGUUCCUUUCAUUAUGA